GAUCAUCGAACGUCGUCUUCGUCCUCCAUCGCGACUCUUUCGUCACCCCCCCUCCACUCCACACCCCCAACGUCCUCUAUCCUCCUUUAUCGAGGAACCGUUCCUCUCAUCCCGGAGAGUUGAUUUUCCAUCAUCAAUUGACCACUAGUCGCACAGUCGUCCCUCGCACACAAUGUUCGUUCAGUCCGCCUCUCGGGCCGCUGCUCGCAGCUCGGCCAUGCCCACCACUGCCAUGCGCUCCUACCGCACUGCCUCCAGCCCAAUGGCUUGCCUGAACGCUCGUCCUCAGACCGAGAAGAAGUCCAUCGCUCCUCAGCAGACUCGCGCCGCUUCCGAGCAUGCCAUCUCGAAUCCCACACUCGCCGGUAUCGAGAAGCGCUGGGAUGCCAUGCCCCCCCAGGAGCAGGCCGAACUGUGGAUGCAGCUGAGAGACCGCAUGCAGGUUGACUGGCACCAGUUGACCCUUCAGGAGAAGAAGGCCGCCUACUGGAUCUCCUUUGGCCCCCAUGGCCCUCGUACUCUCCCUCCCAAGGGCGAGAACCUCAGGGUCUUCCUCAAGGCCCUCCAGUACUGCGCCAUCGGUGUCGGUGUGUUCUACGCCGUCCACUACUUCGCCAAGCCCCUCCCCAAGACCAUGAGCAAGGAGUGGCAGGAAGCCUCCAAUGAAUACGCUAUUCGUGAGAAGAUCAACCCUCUCUACGGCGUCAGCUCCGAGGGUUACGAGGGCAAGGGCUUUGUCCAGAGCCCUCCUGCUGAGAAGCAAUAAAUUUGCCGGACAAUAUCUCGGAAGGAAUAGGUAGAACGAUUGGGCAAGUUGCAAAUCGGCAGCGUUGGACUGAUUGAUAGAUUACCUGACUCCCCUGCCUGCUCGGGCACGCCCUCUGAUGACGGCGGAUCGGUGGCCAUCCAGCUUGGACUCGUGGUCUCGCACCUGUUUUACUUGUUUGUCAAAUCUCCAGCCCAAAAAGACCCCUAUGUACCUCGUACUGUGCAAUAAUCCAAUGUAUCUCCUUUGUAGCCUUAGAAUGGGUUUCUCUCUGGUUUUUAUUUUUGUUGUUGUCCUUAGUGGUUUUGUGUGUGAGAGUAAGGUCCCUGUGCAAGUGCUAUAAGAUUGUUAAGCAAAGGGAGAAAUUGUGCCAUGCGAGUUGGGAGGGUCAUUGAAUGUAUAUAGUCAAUGUCAAUGGCUGAG